AUGGCUGAUGUCAAGGCAAACGCCGAGGCCCUAGUGCCCAAGUUCAAGCUCGACCGUGUCCUCAACCAAGAUCAAGCAGGUCGACGUAUCUCUCUCUACGGCUCUAUCGAUGAAAACCCAGCUCUUCUGAUCCUCGAGCGCGCCCCGUUUUCUACUUCGCAGAAAUAUCUCGCCGAUGUGCCUGCUCAGCUCGCGCAAGUGCAGAACUUGGGUGCCAACGACAUAUAUCACUGGUACAUGGGCCGCAGCGGUGCUGAGACAACCAAGCCUGACGACUCUGACUUUUUCGCCGACCUGAAGAUCAACCUGAUUUACCCAUGCACCGAGGCACAUGUCAAGAAGUACAGCAAGCAGGGAGUACGAUUUGUCACAGAAACACCAGAGAUUUACAUGAACCAUAUUCGACCAUACAUGCUCAGCAAGAGAGAGCAGGGAAGACUCAAUUGGGUAUUCAACAUUAUAGAAGGACGUAAAGAAGUAGAAGAUGUUAUGUACAGAACAAAGCUGGGCGAGGCUGGCGACGAAGGCUUCCUGAUGUUGCCGGACCUCAACUGGGACCGCAAGACGCUGGACGCGCUGCAUCUACUGGCGCUGGUCGAGCGACGGGACAUCUGGUCGCUGAGAGACCUUCGCAAGAAGCACAUUCCCUGGCUGCAACACAUGAAGACCCGUCUUAUUGACGCUACCGUCAAGACGUAUCCGUCCAUCGAGCCGGAUCAGCUCAAGCUCUACGUGCACUACCAGCCAACCUAUUACCACUUCCACAUUCAUGUUGUACAUGUUCAGCUCGAGGCGGGGGCGACGCAGGCGACAGGCAAGGCGGUCGGACUGGAAAGUAUUAUGGAGACACUGGGGGCGAUGGCGGGAGACGACGAGGCGGGCAUGGACGGCAUCGCGAUGAGCUAUACGCUAGGAGAGGCGAGUGAGUUGUGGACUGAGAUCUUUGAGCCACUUAAGACUGGCGGCGAAGCUUCUCAAUCGCAAUAA